AUGUCUAUGUGGAAAUCCUGCAAGGAGCUCCUGGAAACCCGGAAGCAAGAGCUGCAGAAGGCCGUGGAUGGGGAAGGGCUUUUCUUCGAUGCUCUGGUGCUGACAGCCUGCGACGCCGAGCAGAAAGCGACGUACGAGGCGCAGAUCGCAGCGCGCGUGGCCUCGCGCGUGCUCCCGUCCGCGUGCCGCUACAUCGUCGUAGCCGACCGGACCACCAAGAAUGGUAACCGCGUGGGCUGCGGGGGCGCCACGAUCAAUGUGUUGAAGGUCUUGCAGGAGCAGUUCGGGUCGGGCAAGAGGAGCUUCCCGAGUGAGACCAGAGUGCUCUUGAUCCACUCAGGUGGCUACUCCAUGAGAAAUCCGAACUUGAGCACAACGGGCAAGAUCUUCGCUCCAAUCCCGUGCCCCGUGGUGCGUGGCUUUCCCGUGUGUACGCUCUUUGACUUGAAGGUGGCUUUGAUGAUGCCCUUCUGCUCAUGCUGUGGCGUGAUGGUCUGCGCAGGCGACGUGCUGGACGUCUUCGAUGCGGCGCAGGUCCAAGUGAUGGAGAAGGGCGUGACCGCCCUGGCACAUCCGGACAACCUGGAGUACGCCGCCCUGCACGGCGUCUUCGAGAUGAAGGAGGAGGACCAAAGCCCGGAAACCAGCCCUGCAGCGGAUCGGCAGGUGUACCGAGUGGCUGUGUAUCACCAGAAGCCCAAAGCGGACGUUCUGAAGCGGAUCGCAGACCGGAACUUCCCGGCCAGCGCAGAGAGCCUUCGAGGCGGUGCUAAGAGGGUGGUCUGGACCGACUCGGACUUCUGGAUGGCCCCGGACGUGAUCUCGGCGAUCUGCGAGCAUUUGGCCUGCUGGGUGGAGGCGCCCCUCGGGGAGAUCGACGCCUACGGCGACUUCCUGGCGCCUUUGGCAACGUUGGCCGCUCCUCAGAGCGCACCCACGAAGAGCGAUAAGAAGGGUGAGGAAGGUGAGGAAGGCCUCGGCUACCCUGCUGCUGCGCCGGGCGCUCCGCCGGCCGCGCGAGCAGACCUGAGGCACAUCUGGGACACGCUGCGGCCUUUCCAACUGCACGCGGCCUGCCCACGAGACCACCUGGCUUUCUACCACAUUGGCACCAUGCCCGAGUACAUGGCACACCUCUGCAGUAACAUGGGCGAGCUGGGCUUCGACGAAGCCGAGUUGCAAAAAGGCGGCGGCCCUUGCCCAAGGGUCGCCGGCAGCACGGUAACCGACAGCAAGCUGAGUGAGGAGUGCGCAGUCUUCAGCUCCUUCCUGGAUGGUAGCUCUGUAGACAGGAACUCUGUGGUCGAGUUCUCACAUCUGAAGAAUUCGGAGGUGGGCUCCAACUGCAUCAUCUCCAGCGUGACCACGGAGGACAUCCAGAUACCGCCCGGCAUAGUGCUGGUCACCAUCCCACUCGAGGGCGGCCGCACCACCACUGUGUGCUUUGGGGUGAGCGACGACAUGAAGGCCAAAGGCGUGACGCACGUCGCCAACAGGAAGCUGCCCCGCGCGCUGGACAGUCACAGCCUCUACUCCGCGCCCCUCUUCCCGGUGCUCGGGAGCCUCGGGCGCGAGGAGGGCGAGGUCUCCUCGAGAUCCGCGCGCAUCACCUUGGAGCACUUGGAGAAUGGGAGGCUCGGGCUGCUUGACUACGCCUGGCCCGUGGAGAGCCUGAUCUCACUCCAGGAUGCAGUGCAAGGGAAUCAAGGGAAUCAAGGGAGUGAGGCCCGGGUGGCCCGGGUCCUGCAGCGCCGCGCGCCCGUGCCAGGCAGCGGCCUCAGGGACCACAUCCUGGCCUCGGCGCGGGUCCGCCUUCUGCAAACGCCCCUCCAAAGUUUCCAAAGCCUGCGGCGCGCGGCGGUGUCCCUGCCAGCGCGCGUCGUGCUCUCGGGCGGUUGGUCGGACACGCCGCCCUUCUGCUGCCUUUACCCAGGCAAAGUGGUGAAUGGCGCCGUCAAGGUGGACGGCAAGCUCCCCAUCACCGCGGUCGUGGAGCCGAAUAGAGAAACCGAGCUUCCGACUUCAGAGCUCAGCCUUGUGGACGGCUCGACGGGUGACCGUGAGCAGUACGACAGCCUCAGCAGCCUGGUCACGAGGGGCUUUGACUUGGAUUCCCCGCUCGCUCUGCACCGUGCCGUCGUUGCUGUCUUGAUGGACUUCCGGCAGAGCCGGAUAAACCGGAGAAAGCGUGUGGAGAGCGUGGAGGACGUUUCAAGCAUCUCGCUGCCGCCGGUCACGAUGACGACUCGCGUGGACCUGCCACGAGGCAGUGGGCUGGGCACGUCGAGCAUCUUGAUGCUGGCCUGCAUCCGCGCCCUCUGCGAAGCGCUGGGCAACGACUCCUACAGCUUCGAGGAGGAGAUGGAGCUCGUGCUCGCCGUGGAGCAGUUGCUGGGCACCGGCGGCGGGUGGCAGGACCAGGUGGGCGGCGGUUGCCCCGGCAUGAAGAUGACCACGGCACGCACCGGCAAGUACGAGGUGCAGAAGGUGGACUGGUCGGAGGCCCACCGCGUGCACUUCAACGAACGGCUGAUUUGCAUCAACACCGUGAUGACCCGGCUGGCCAAGCUCACUUUGGACUCGGUGGUGGACCGCUUCAUGAAGGGCAGCGCCACGCAGGUCUCCAUCAUCUCAGAAAAGCUGCCGGCGAACGCGCGGCGCAUGCACCGCGGCUUCGAGAAAUUCGCGGAGCUCAGCAGCGCACUACUGGUCACCGAAGAAAGGUCGCCGAGUGGCGAGGUGGUCGCUGCCCUGAGCGAGAUUGGCGACGAGCUGGGUGUCUACCGGGAUUUGUGUGUCCAGCUUGACAAGAGCUUCCUGAAUCAGGAGCUGGUCCCCGUGCUGGAGAAGAUUGACGAGUUCUGCUACGGCCGCUGCAAUCUCAUGGGUGCUGGCAACGGAGGUUUCAUUGUGGGCCUCCUCAGGCAUGGCGUGAGUGAGCAAGAGCUGAUGGAGAAGCUCUCGGCCAUCGAAACGGUCAAGGUCGAGCUCUGCAAGAUAGAGGUGAUCUGA